AUUAGUUUAGUUCAACAAUAGCAACGCGAGAGAUAGGUUCAUAUUUGUUAAGCAUGGAGAAAACUGACGUUGAUGGGUUUGGCUGGAAAUUCCCUUUUUUUAGCAAAAAUAAAGAGGAUGAAAAGGAUGCGAGAGGAUCAUCAACGGCGAAAAUUCCGUGCCAGGUAAUUCCAACAGUAGUUGCAGCGGACAGCGAUUUUUACGAUAUGACCCACGCCCGAAGGGGAAAGGCUUUGAUCUUCAACCAUUACCAAUUUAAUGAUUCCUCCUUACAAAAAAGGGAAGGAACAAAUAGGGAUUGCGAGAAUAUCACGAAGACUUUAAGCAAGUUGAACUUUGAAGUCACGGUGUGUCAGGAUUUUACCUACGGGCAAAUAUAUGACACCAUUCAUAAUGUGGCCGGAGAAGAUCAUUCGGAUGCCGAUUGCCUAAUGAUUGUUGUCAUGUCUCACGGUGAUAAAGGUGUAAUACACGCGAGGGACUCUGAAUACACCCCAGAUGAAUUGUGGUUACCCUUUUCCGGGGAUAAAUGUCCUUCCCUAGCUGGAAAACCUAAAUUGGUCUUCAUUCAAGCUUGCCGAGGUGAAGAAUUGGACGCCGGCGUUUCCGUUUUUGCAGCACCAGUGAUGAAGGAUUCAGCUCAGAAAACUUACAAAUUACCAGCUAUGGCCGAUUUCCUCAUCAUGUAUUCAACCACUGAAGGUCACUACUCCUUCAGGAGUCCCAAUAAUGGGUCUUGGAUGAUCCAGUGCCUUUGCGCCGAGUUGCUGCAGAGAUCCGCCGUUAAUGACCUGAUGACGAUUUUGACUUUCGUUAAUCGUCGGAUGGCCAUCGAUUUCCAGAGCAACGUUCCAUCCAAUCGCAACUUCGACAAGAUGAAGCAAAUAGGUUCCGUGGUCAGCAGCCUCACGAGGAUCUUAUAUUUUCAAUAGGAUAAUUAAUUUAUGCUAUUGUUAAUUACAAAAUAAAUGAAUACAGAAUUUA